AUGGCAGAGACCAAUCCCAGGUUGAGGAAAUAUCGGGACGUGUUGGAAAGCAUCAUGGAUAGCACGAUGGAGCAGUUUGAUCGAUUUUCCAGCCCGGGAGCGACGAGUGUUUGUCGCUGUGCCAAUUGCAGUCCCGGCGUCAGUGGUGAGAAUGGGGAGGAAAAUUGUUCGGCCUUCCACCAACUGGGAGGUACCUUCACGCGCCUCAACUUCGAGUUCCCCUCGCAGUCCGACCCCGAAUACAUUCUCGGUUCCGAUCGAACUGGUCGGACUCGACCCGCAGCUAGUGCCCAGGAACCAGGCACAAAUGGAAGGUCCACUGAUUUUCAACAUCCCCAGGUCCACCACCUUGCCCAACAUUCGUCCAUCUCGUAUUCCCGAGUGCCUGGGUAUGAGCAGGACAUGGACAACUUUUUGUUGCCGGAUCUCUGGGACUUCUCGGGCAUGGAUGCUGGGCCUAUAGCUCCUUUGCUAGCCGGGGAGCCAUUCUUGCCUCAGACGAUGGAUGAAUUCCUCCUACGGGCCGCACAGAGAGACAGACUUGCUUUUCGCAGUAGCGAAGGUUGGUGGUAUAACGAACGAGAAUCUCGACCGCUUCUACCUACCUAG